AAGUCAUUUUCUCUGUCUUACAUGUCGUUGUUCAUUUUAAGUUUGGUUGUACAUCGAUGAAUGUUCCUCCAACAUCACUAGAGAAACUGCAAGAUGAUAUUCAUAAUGUUAGAGGAGAUAUUAGACACACGUAUUAUGGUAAAGAAAGCUGUGAAAGAUUGUAAAGAUGAUAAAAUUCUUCUUCAACUUCUUGAUGCUCGACAGCUUGCUUUAAAGUUGAUUGCAAAUGUCACUUAUGGUUACACAUCAGCAAACUUCUCAGGACAAAUGUCGUGUGUUGAGAUUGCUGACGCCAUUGUUCGUAAAACACGCGAGACCCUGGAACGAGCUUUCAAUCUCGUGAACACAAGUGAUAAGUGGGGUGCUUGUGUGGUAUAUGGGGACACCGUUAGUCUUUUCGUAUUAGUAAAAGGUGCAAGUAAAGAGGAAGCGUUUAAGCUUGGAAAAGAAAUUGCUGAUGCUGUUACUGCAGAGAAUCCUAAACCUGUGAAACUAAAGUUUGAAAAGGUAUAUAUGCCUUGUGUUCUUCAAACAAAGAAACGUUACGUUGGUUAUAUGUACGAAACAUUAGAACAGAAAGAUCCAGUGUUUAAUGGGAAAGGAAUAGAGACUCUACGGCGAGAUACAUGUCCAGCGGUCGCUAAGAUUUUAGAGAAGUCUUUAAGGAUUUUAUUUGAAGAAAGAGACGUGAGUCUUGUAAAGUUUGUCCAGCGGCAGUUCGUUAAAAUGAUGAAAGAUAGAGUAUCGAUUCAGGAUUUCAUCUUUGCUAAGGAAUAUCGUGGUAUGAAAAGAUAUAAACCAAAAGCAUGUGUUCCAGCUUUGGAAAUUGCAAUACGUCAUUUGUCACGUGAUCGUCGCGCGGAACCUCGCUUGGGAGAACGUGUACCUUACGUCAUUGUUAACGGCAGUCCUGGACUACCAUUGAUUUAA